AUGACGCCUCCGUCUAACGACCCCCAGCUUAUCCAGACUCCGUUUCCCAACCCAUCGUUGCAGGUCACAGCAGACCACCAACUCAAGUUUGUCGAAGCUCCAGUGUACGCUCCCCGACGCGGGGAAGUCCUACUUCAAAUAAAGGCUACUGGAAUCUGCGGCUCUGACAUCCAUUUCUGGAAAACAGGUCGAAUCGGCCAGCUAGUAUUCGAGGGGGAUUGCAUUAUCGGCCAUGAAGCGGCCGGCGUAGUCUUGAAAUGCGGUGAAGGCGUCACCCGACUCAAGCCCGGCGACAGGGUAGCCGUCGAGCCCGGCGUCCCCUGUGAACAAUGCUUCCUCUGCCACGACGGCCGGUAUAACCUCUGCGAAGACGUACAGUUUGCGGGAGUCUACCCGUACGCAGGGACGUUGCAGCGAUACAAAGUCCAUCCUGCAAGGUGGCUGCACAAACGGCUUCUCCUACGCCGAAGGCGCCCUCCUCGAACCGCUCUCCGUCGUCAUGCGCGGCAUACAAGUGGGCCGCCUAAAUCUCGGCCGGGUGUCGUCAUCUGCGGCGCCGGCCCUAUCGGCCUCGUUGCUCUUGCUGCGGCGCGCGCAUCAGGCGCCCACCCAAUUGUCAUCACGGACGUUGAGCCUAGGCGGCUUGCGUUCGCGAAAGAGUUCGUCCCGAGCUGUAUUACCUACCAGGUUGAUCUUGUGAAGGAUGCGCAGGGCAACGCAAAGGCUAUCAAGACACUCUUCGGGGAAAGCGAGUAUGUUGCGCCAGAGACGGUGCUAGAGUGCACAGGGGUGGAAAGUAGUGUUUGCACUGCGGCGUAUACUGCGCGCCGGGGUGGCGUGGUUGUUGUGAUCGGUGUUGGUAAGGCGACUAUGAACAACCUGCCCUUUAUGCAUAUGUCUCUUGCGGAGAUUGAUCUGCGGUUCAUCAAUCGGUAUCGGGACACUUGGCCGUCAGCCAUUGCGUGUUUGAGUGGUGGUAUUUUGGGUUUGAAGAAGUUAGUGUCGCACGUCUUUCCGUUGGUGAAGGCGAAGGAGGCUCUGCAUUUGUGUGCCGACCCUGGCAAGGGAAGUAUGAAGGUGAUGGUGGUGGAUGAAGUCGAUGCAAGUCUAUGA